AUGGCCUACUCUUACUAUCUACGUCUUACGAUACGAACGAGACUUGUCUAUGGUUUGAGUCGAUUCGGUGCGCACGUCCGCACCGAGACCACGCCCUACUGCACCGGAUGGUGGGCGAUUCUUAUCGAUGCAUACUUUUUGGCGUCAAGCGAAGAUGAUACUUUCGAACUACACCUGAGAAUUUCUCCCUUCGAUCCUCUGAAGGGCCACACAUCUACGUUUUCCACUCUAAACUUAACAUCUAAAUUGACACUGAGUCGGGUUUCUCCAAUCACGAGACAAUAG